AUGGCCUCGGUAUCGUACUUUUCCAAGGUCGAUGCCAAUUUACAGGACUUCAAAAGUGAGAAAGGAAAUGGGAGUGUAGUCAACCUAUCUCUCAAUUCAAGCUCACCAGCAGUGGAUCUCAGAAAUACUUUCAGUGAUUAUUCGAAUACCAUAAGGUUGCUCAAUGACGAAUAUAUCUGCUAUCAGUUUUCGCACGAGUAUUCUGUUUUAUCCCUGUACUCUCUUAGCGCUGCAAUUGCAGGCAAAACUAUUGUUAUACAAUUGCCAGAGCACAUGUUAAACAUGUACCACACUUUCACAAUUCGUGAGAUUGACGGUGAGCUGGUGCUCGAGCUUAUCUUACGCGAUGGACUGUACUUAGUGUUGUACUUCCCGCUUAAUUGUAUCCUGGAUGGGGCGGCCGAGACUCCGGAGAAUUGGUUUACAGUGCUAAACCCCUACGAUUUUACAGUAAGGCGGCCCUUAUAUGCAUACUCUGUUUCAGCCAGUUCCACAAUCAUUUUCUUGGAAGAUGGUGGACUGCUUGGCUUGACAAAGUCAAAGAACGAGCGCGGUGAGCAUGAAGUGACCCCUGUCCUUUUCAAUGACAACAGUUAUCUGCAAAGCCUUACGAAAAUGUUCUUUCUGAGACGAAACCCGUCUCAAAACUUCAAUGUCGCUAGCUGCAUAGUAUACCGUGACCGCUACUUGUUAACCCUCACCCAGAACUGCAAACUGAGAGUUUGGGACUUGAAGCAUCAGACAGCAGUCUUUGAAAAAGACUUAGCGGUCAACGAGAAGCAUCAAAAUAAAGUAUAUGAGACUAUUGGCCAGUUUAUGUCGCUUUAUGAAGACAAACUAGCGAUUUUUCUACCCUUUGAUAACGGCAUCUUUCAAUUAUGGGAUCUCAGACUAGAUGCCCAGGGCCACAUAGCACUCAACCCCGGGCCUACUUAUUCCAGCAACUUGUCUUCAUCGUCAAUAUGGUCACUAGUUGACAUGAAAUUGACUAAACCCCUUGACUCAAACUGCUUCUCGGGUUAUAUGAACCUUGUUGUUUUGUGGAGAAGCAAUAGUGUUACGAAGCUGCAGGUUUUAAAUCUUAUCUCGGAGGACUUGCAACAGCACCAGUGGCUGGAGGCAGUCAAUCAGUCUUUAAUGGACCUCCGAGCAGACCUCAGUCUGUUGACGAACGGCGACACUGACCGUGCGUUAAUGAACCUGAAAUCGCACUACACACCUGCGCUUUAUAAGCGCGCUCAGAGCACAUUAAGCGAAAGCGGGAUCUUACUGUCCCCAGAAUCUCCGUACAAUCAUGAAUACCUGCUAAACUUAGAGUCAGUUCUGAAGGACCUAAAAAAGCGUAAUGAUGAGCCCUCGUCACUGACACUUUACCAUGGUGAGAUCAUAAUGGUCAAUUCCCUCUCACUAUAUUCACAUGCGCUCUACAAGACCAAUUCUAGACUUGAAAGCAUUUUUUACAAUCUCAAUGAAGAGCAGUCCAGUAAGGAUGACCUUGGAGAUUAUCUUCGGACGAUUGAAGGUUUUGCAUCAACGCUCUCAAGUCAAGUCUUAUUCGAGGUUUCUGAAGCUUUUCUUGAUAUGGUGACUUCUAGCUUUCCUUCCGAGAUACCGAUUAAGGACAAGCUCACAGAGAUAUAUACUCGACACUUGGAUGGUAAUUUCCACAUGGCAAACUUAAGGAAACUGUUCGAAGAACUGAGUCGGCUAGAUGUUAUCAAGAUUCUUAAUAUAUUCAUUGAUAACCAUUUACAGAAGGAGGGAAAUGAGGAGCCUCUCAUAGACUCGAUAAUCCCUAACAAGCUGGUCAACGUGGCACUUCUAGAGAGCACGCAUCAGGCUAUAUUAGUCCAAAACAACUUGGUGCUAAAAGCUCUGUUAAUUUUCGCAUUCAUGGAUUUUGAUUACUCCAUUUUUCAGCCUCAGAUUAAGACGCUACUCUCCCUACAUUACAAGCAGUGCCUGUGGAUUAGUCUGUAUCAACUUGACAAGGACCUGUUGGCGUCUGAGGUCUUCGCAAGGACCAGCAAGUUUGGUAAUGGUUACAAAAUAAAAACGUAUUCAGACUGGUCCAUGUCGUCUACAAUAGUUUUGAAUGAAAUAUACAGUAUGCCUGUUUCACCUAAUCCGCUUUUCAUUGAAAGUUUUGAUAAGUUUGUUAUGUCAGGAACAAAGAGCCCCAAGCUUUGCAACUCCUAUUUGAGAGUGGUUCAGCAAAGAUUCUACAUCCACUCCAAUGUUGCACACGAAUUCAUGCUGGGGCUCAGCUACUUCAUGUGCGGGAUGUACGAUCUUUCCUUUGAAUUUUUGCAAAAACACCCCUACCCAGAAACAUUACCUUUGGAGUUCCCUGAUCGCUUAUACAUGCCGCUUCAGAAGGAUGGACAUCUGUGGAGAGACGUGAUAGGUUCUUUCAAACUACCUUACAAGCAUUCGGCGUACUACUUUAAUUUGUCAAAAUUGUUUUCUGUGGCAAACAGCUUUGAAUAUGCGCUUAAGUGCGUCAAAAAAUCAAUCAAGCUCUCCAGUGAGCAACGAGAAGCAGAAGAACCACUAAAUUUUAAGAAGGCUCAGCUGGUUCAAUAUUUGAAGACUCUUAUCGUAUUCUCCAAUUAUGAGGAAAUUUUGGACGUUUUGAGAUGCAGCUUCGAAACGCUACCAGGAGAUGUUAGAGCAGCUUACUAUAAACAAAUUCUGACAAGCUUGCAGCAUAGAGAAGCUUUUUUUGCGAAGCUUUUGACACUAUGUAGGGAUUCAUCGGGAGCCUUUCUGCCAGUUGACGACUACAAAAUUCUAGAUGAAAUUCUUUUGGAAGAGGUCUCUAAAACAAGUUGGGAAACCUACAAGAGGCUCUACAGCUUUAGGCUGAUAAACGACCAUGAUAGAGCGGCAGCAGAAAUACUUUACCAUUAUGUUAUACAUGGGGAGAGCGUGGACAUAAAGAAAAAAUGUUUGUUACUGAUUAUCAACAUUUUGAGCAGCUUCAAUUCAGACGGAGACCGCUGGAUCCUCGCGGGAGGUAACCCGGUAACACUUCGUGAUGUGAGAAUGGAAUUGAAUGCAUUGUAG